UCUGCAGUUUCCUGCCCCAGACACUCUAGUCUGCCGCAUCAUGGCACCAACUGUCCAUCUCUCCUGCCUCCUGGCCCUGCUGGUGGCAGGCCUGGCUCAAGGCAUCAAGGAUUCCCUCAGGGGCCAGGACCCAGGUCCCCAGCCGCUGGAGCUGAAAGAGGUCUUCAGAUUGUUUCAGAUGCAGUACAACCGGAGUUAUCCAAAUCCAGCAGGACAACCUCCUUUUGGUCUAGAGUACGCCCGCCGCCUGGACAUCUUUGCCCAAAACCUGGCCAAGGCUCAGCGGCUGCAGGAGGAGGACCUGGGCACGGCUGAGUUUGGGGUGACUCAAUUCAGUGACCUCAAAGAGGAGGAGUUUGUCCAGCUUUAUGGAAACCGGGUGGCUGGAGAGGCCCUCGGUGUGAGCAGAAAGGUGGGGUCUGAAGAGUGGGGGGAAUCACAGCCCCAGACCUGUGACUGGCGAAAAGUUGGCCCCAUCUCACCCAUCAGGGACCAGCGAAACUGCAACUGUUGCUGGGCCAUGGCGGCAGCGGGCAACAUCGAGGCCCUAUGGGCCAUCAAGUUCAGACACUUCGUGGAGGUCUCCGUGCAGCAGCUGCUAGACUGUGACCGCUGUGGGAACGGCUGCAGGGGUGGCUUCGUCUGGGAUGCGUUCCUCACAGUCCUCAACAACAGUGGCCUGGCUACUGAGAAGGACUAUCCAUUCAAUAGGAGUGGCAAAACCCACAGGUGCCUGGCUAAGAAGUACAAGAAGGUGGCCUGGAUCCAGGAUUUCAUAAUACUGCAGGCCUGCGAGCAGAGCAUUGCCAGGCACUUGGCCACCGAAGGCCCCAUCACCGUGACCAUCAAUAUGACGCUACUGCAGCAAUACCAGAAGGGUGUGAUCAAGGCCACACCUACCACCUGUGACCCCACACAAGUGGAUCAUUCUGUCCUGCUGGUGGGUUUUGGUAAAACCAAGUCGGUGGAGGGGAGGCAGGGGAAGGCGGCCUCAUUCGGAUCCUACGCACGCCCUCGCCACUCCAUGGCAUACUGGAUCCUGAAGAACUCCUGGGGGCCUCAGUGGGGUGAGGAGGGCUAUUUCCGGCUGCAUCGAGGGAGUAACACCUGUGGCAUCACCAAGUUCCCGGUCACCGCCAGAGUGGACAAACCUAAUAAGCGGCAGCAAGUCUCUUGCCCUCCCUGAGGCUGCCUGAAGUCUCUUGCCCUCCCUGAGGCUGCCUGGCUGCCCCUUGGCUCUCUCCUGCUGUGCCGGUUACCUUCCCUUGCCACCUGCCCCAAGGCUUUUGCCUAGUUCCCCAGUAUUCUUGCUGGGGAUUGAAUAAAGCAGACAAGACCCCUG